GAGGUUUUUUAGCGGACAUUUGUUCAGGCCGGGCUUCCAUUUUAGCAAGCCGACAACUAUGCUAACGUUUAGCUAGCAUUUUGGCUUGGCUUCUAUGGUACGCUCAAGUUAGCCACGGUUAGCUUUCUUGCAACAAGCUGUCAUGGCGCCUUCAAUUUAAGAAUGACUUUGAAAUAAUGGCUAUGCAACUUAAACACAUUAACCUUCUCGCCGUUACUACUUUCAUUAUUUGUCAAGGAGUUGUUUGAGCCCUUUUGCUAAUAAGUUUUCCAUUUAGCAUUUUGGAGGCGGCUUUGUCUAUUUGCUGGAGUCUGGUGUAAUGGCUGACUACUGAUGACAAGAGAUGCGGCUCAACAGGGAAUUUCUCGGUUACUUGAAUCCAUGAGAUUUCCAUCGUCGCUCCUUUCUCUCCAGGUUAUAGUCGGAGCCUUUCUUGCAUGACAUGAUAGCUAAAGUUCCUGUUUCUUGCUAGCCGGUAAAAAGCGGGUGUUUCAACGCGGAGUAUAGUCUUUUAGCCGUCUUCUUGUGCUGCUACUGGUAAUGUUACCCCCAUUAUACGCCAAUAUUACUUCCAUUAUUAAGUCUUAACUGAAACGCGUUGACUUUCAGCAAUUAUUCGGCCUCCGGUUCGCUUCGCUCCUGAUUGUCAGCUGCUUCAGUUUCCGCGGCUUUUGCAACGAUUGUUAGUGGCAGUUUUCACCACCCACUCACUGGGGCUUUUGCCGAAUACGGGGGAGCCUUCACCCUGCUUGGCCCCGGUCUGCAGCUAGCACCAUAGCCGCUCUUCUUCCAAGGGAACUCGGUAAUGUCGUGUUUGGUGAGCGUGGACGGGUCAGAUGGGAUGGACGGCAUCGGUAGCUCCCUGCCUGCAAUGCCUGAACCAUCCAAUCCGAUCAGCAUGAAGCAGCCGCCCGAGUCCCUGAGCACCCUGAAGGGCCGGGCGGACAUGGGCAGCGACCCGGCUCUGCUAAUGGACAAAGCUGCCGCGCAGCUUGCCGCCACGCUCCAGGACGGCGUCCUCCAGAAGAUGUCCGGCCACAACCACAGCAACCACAGUCACGAAAGGUUGAAGGACCUCACCUCCCUGGUGCUGAACGGCGACCAGGACGCUCUGCCCAAGCUCUGCACCCCAGAGCCGCCCAUGCUAAAAGGCGACGAGGCGCCCGCCACCAACGACGCCCACCAGCACAACCGCACACCUCAUGCCGAGGCCGAGCUGAAAGCGACCGUACCGCAGGCGGCGGAGCAGCCCCCGCUGGAGCCUUCCUGUGCAGACGGGACCGGUUUGGUCACAGCCACAGAGAGCGCUUCACCUGGACCUGAGUUGGGACAGGAAGUGAAGAAAAGGAGGGGGAGACCCAAUAAACCCAAACUUAUUCUGAACUGCAGCUCUGUCAUCGCUAUGGAGACGCCUGACCACACGGAGGUUAUCGAAGAGGCGGAAGCGGCAAAUGAGCCCGCGGCCGUGUCCGAACAGCCGGAGCCAAUAACAGCAGAGGGCCCUGUACCUACGCGGUUCUGUGUGGGGGAUCUGGUUUGGACCAAGGUGUCGGGGUACCCAUGGUGGCCCUGCAUGGUGACCACAGACCCAGAACUCAACAGUCACUUCAAACAGAAACAGAAAGCCUCCAACAGCAGGUUAGGCCUCCUUUACCAUAUCCAGUAUUUUGGUGAUGCUCCAGAGAGAGGCUUCGUCUUUGAGAAGAACAUGGUGUCCUUCACUGGGGAGGAGCAGUAUGUGGAGCUCAGCCAGAGAAACAAACCUCCAGCCUCCAGCGCUGCCCAUAGAAAGAUGGCUCCCUCGGUUCCCCGUAACCUCCAGGCUCAGUGGAACAUGGGCAUCAUUCAGGCCAAAGAGGCUGUCGGCAUGGCACCGGACCAGCGCAUCGACAGCUUUGGGUUUACUUACGACGGGGAUGGGCCCCAUCUGAACCCUCUCAUCUUGGAAAAGCUGAACAUAGAUCCCACUGACGAGACGCACCGAGAGACGGAACCCAGGCUGGGUCCGGACGUCCCCUCCCUGCCGAAUUCUGAAGCUUUUCCUCCAGAUGCACAAACUCAAACCCCCCCUUCUGAGUCUCAGAAGAAAAAGAGACGGCCCAAAGUGGCUCAGCGUCCCGCCAAGCUAGUGAGGCAAAAGAAAGCGUCUUCAGUCAACGGUGUUGUUGUCCCCAAGAGGAGAAGGAAAGCUAAGCCGGUCACGACCUCUGAUGACCCAGCGGACGCCUUGCCUCAGAUUGCUAUUCUAGGGAGGAGAGAGCAAAAGAAGAGGCGUAAAAGGUCGCUAGCAGACGCUGCAGCAGACGAGGAUCAGCAGCCCAGAAAGAGACGGAGAACUGGCAAGAAGGAAGAAAAGCAGGCCUCGGUUUCAGAGGAGAUAAACAAAAAGUGGAGAAGAAAGAAGAAAACCAACAUCAAAGAUCUAAAAGAACCAAGAAAGCAAACAAAGAAGUCAAAAGAUGAGCAGAAUGUGGAGAAGCCAAAGCGGCGGAGGAAAAGAAGGCAGGAUGGAGAGAACCAGGCCGGCGCCUCCAAGGCGCCAAAGAAGAGACGCUCCUCUCCCUGUCCUGACACUGAGGGUUCUGCAAGUGAAGAACGUCCCGAUUCUCCAAGCGACAGCCUAGACGGGACAAAGAAAGGCGAAAGGAAGAAAGAGUUUGUCUGUCAGGUGUGUGAAGUGGCCGGUGAGGACCUGGUGGCGUGUGAAGGCCAGUGCUGCGGCAUGUUCCACCUGCACUGUCUGGGUGGAACCCUGAAACCCGACGACAAGCUGCUAUGUCGAGAGUGCAGCAUGGGUCUCCACUCGUGUUUCAUCUGCAAGCAGUCUGAGGCCGAGGUGCGGCGCUGCCACGUCCCCCACUGCGGCAAGUUUUACCACGAGGGCUGCGUCCGCCUCAACCCGCUCACCGUGUUCGACAACAAGGGCUUCCGCUGCCCGCUCCACACCUGCCUCAGCUGCCACUACGGCUGCCGCACCAAGCAGAAGGCUACCAAAGGACGGCUGAUGCGCUGCCUGCGCUGCCCCGUGGCGUACCACGUGGGCGACCUGUGCGUCGCCGCCGGGAGCGAGACGAUCACAAACACGGCCAUCAUUUGCACCAACCACUUUAACGCCAAGAAGGGCUACAGCCACCACAGCCACGUCAACGUCAGCUGGUGCUUCGUUUGCUCCAAAGGCGGUCAGCUGCUGUGCUGCGAGUCGUGCCCUGCAGCGUUCCACCCCGACUGCCUCAACAUCGCCAUGCCCGACGGGAGCUGGUUCUGCAACGACUGCCGAGCCGGCAAGAAACCAAAGUACAGAGACAUCAUCUGGGUCAAGCUGGGGACGUACAGGUGGUGGCCAGCAGAGAUCCACCACCCCAAAAACGUUCCCACAAACAUCCAGCACCUCCGGCACGAGAUCGGAGAGUUCCCGGUCUUCUUCUUCGGCUCCAAGGAUUACUUCUGGACUCACCAGGGCCGAGUGUUUCCCUACAUGGAAGGAGACAGAGGCAGCAAGUACCAGAAGAACGGGAUAGGCAAAGUCUUUAAGAACGCUCUGUUGGAGGCCGAGGCUCGAUUUAAGGAGAUCAAGAUAAAACGGGAAGCCAAGGAAGCUCAGGAAAACAGCCGGAAGCCGCCUCCGUACAAAUUCAUCAAGGUCAACAAACCUUUCGGCAAAGUCCAGGUUGAGAUCAUCUCCGAGAUCAUUCUGAAGUGCAACUGCAAGUCUGAGAUCAUUCUGAGUGAAUCAUUCUGAGAUCAGUGCCUGAACCGCAUGCUGAGAUCAUUCUGUCACCAGGUGUGUCCCAGUCUGAGAUGCAACCAGAGACUCACCAAGCGCCUUUACCCCGACACCAAGAUCAUCAAGACCCCAGGCAAGGGCUGGGGGCUGAUCGCCCUGAGAGACAUCAAGAAGGGUGAGUUUGUGAACGAGUACAUCGGGGAGCUGAUCGAUGAGGAGGAGUGCAGGGCCAGGAUCAAGUACGCCCACGAAAACAACAUCACCGACUUCUACAUGCUCACCAUCGACAAGGACCGAAUCAUCGACGCAGGUCCAAAAGGAAACUACUCCCGCUUCAUGAACCACAGCUGCCAGCCUAACUGCGAGACUCAGAAGUGGACAGUGAACGGAGACACCCGCGUUGGCCUGUUCGCGGUCUGCGACGUACCGGCAGGAACAGAGCUGACCUUUAACUACAACCUGGACUGCCUCGGCAACGAGAAAACCAUCUGCCGCUGCGGCGCUCCCAACUGCAGCGGCUUCCUCGGGGAUCGGCCCAAGAACUCAAACGGCCACACGGAGCCAAAGGGAAAGCGCUUUAAGAGGAAGUACAGGAGGAGGAAAAGCGAGGGAAAGAAGAAGUCCGAAGACGAGUGUUUCCGCUGUGGAGACGGAGGGCAGCUGGUGCUCUGCGACAAGAAGAACUGCACCAAAGCUUACCACCUGUCCUGCCUGAACCUCAGCAAACGACCAUUUGGCCGCUGGGACUGCCCCUGGCAUCACUGUGACGUCUGCGGGAAAAACUCGGAGGCCUUCUGCCAGCUCUGCCCCAACUCCUUCUGCAGGGCCCACCAGGAGGGGGCGCUGCGCCCCGGGGCCGCGGCUGGAGAGCUCUGCUGCGGCGAGCACGACGACACGGAGGGAGGAGCCGGCCAGGCCCGGACCGCCAGCUCGGAGUCCGGCAGCGCCGCCGCCGGCCGCCCCAAAGGCUGCAGGAAGGCGGACGGAGCAGAGAGCAGAACCAAAGGCUCUAAGAGGAAAACACCGGAAGCCUGAGCCGACCCGAAGAGGGGCCCUCCUCCACAGCAACAGUACGCCGCCACACAAACAGAGGCACCGUUUUCUUGUACUAGUCUGCACUGAGGUGAACGUCUGUGGUAGAGCACAAAAUCGGAUCCGGAAACGCCGCCGCCGCCGGACUUAAUCGCUCACUUCUGAUUAGUGUGGCCACAACCAGAAUCUCAGUCCAUUCAUUACCACCAACAGCAGAGCUCUAUUCGUUAUACAUCUAUGUUUAUAUAAACGAUGAAUGCUGUAAUAGCAGUAAGAGGUCAGACAGGAUGCAGGUGGAUAGUCUUUAUUUUUUUUUUGUAGAUCUACAAA